AUGCCCAAGCGCCCCGGGCCCCCUUUUCCCCCGGGCUCAAACGGCAGCUCCAAUGGCAGCUCGGGGAUUCCCCCCGGGUCUCUACAGGUUAGCGCCGACCAGCCCCCGGACCCGGUCUUGGGCUACAAUCUGACCGGUUUCAUGGACACGAACGCCUACUACGGAUCGUACGGAAAUGUCCAAACGGACACUAACGCAGUGCCCGAGCCUAACGUUGACGCGAGCUUGGUUCCCCCCGGGUGCCACGUCUUCAACCGGUGGGCGAUUGCCAACUACACCGGGCCACUGCCCUGCCAGACGAACGGACAGCCGUCGUCGCCCUCGGGGCCUCCAUGCCUGAUAAGAUUCGUUGAGCGUCACCACCACUUCGGUUCCUUGAAGAAGAUGAAGAUUGCGUCGAAUCGCGUCCUUUCUGAUCCUAGCUGGUGGCAUCGGCCGCGCGGCUACGGAUCGGCUGGCGGCCGCGGGCGGGAUCGUGAUCGGGACUUCGCGGUAUCCGUGGCGGUACCCACAGCCGCCAAUUGGCAGCUGUACCAGCUGGACCAGACGUCGGAUGACUCGGUGAAGCAGCUUAUAAACCGCAUCGCAUCCAACUACAGCGAAAUCGACUUCCUUUAUCUGAACGCGGGGCGGCUGUUCAUCAGGGACAUUGUGAACAGCGACCUGCGGCAAUUUCAGCUCACGUUCGACACCAACUUCUGGGGCCCCGUGAGAGUCCUCCAGGCGACGCUCCGUCUAAUGCCCACCACGGCCCCGGUUACCUGCGGGCCGUACACCGUUUCCAAGUGGGGCCUCCACGCUCUCCAGAAGACCUGGGUUUCCUCCGGGGCAGCUCCCGGGAGCACGCCCAGUAACAUCGACGUCAUCGCCAUCAUGCUCGGAACCGUCAACACCAGCCUCGGGUACAACGCCAUCCGACGGUUUGCAACGGCUGUCGUGGUCAAGCAGCAAGGAACCGGGACUGCAAGCUGUCCUCAAUUGGCCGACGCGGUGGGGGGUCAAGUGAUCGAGUACUUCAAGAGUCAGGGCCUGAACCCCCGGGACGUGGGAGAAGCCGUCUACAGAAUUGCGAUCGACCCCGCGCCGCGGCCGCAGUACCUCAUCAUGCGGGACGAUCAGUGGCCCACCAUCAUCCCGCUCCUCUGCAGGCGCGAGACGUUGCCUCUAGACCAGGUUUAUGUGCAUACCCCGGCGGGGCCCAACAUCAGCGCAUGGCUGUCAAAAGAGGCGGCGGCGCGCUCCCAGUACACUUGCAGCGCAGCGUGUGGGGGCGCGCCGUAUUGCGGGCCGGGGCCGCUCGGGUCGGGGACGCUGGGCACCGGGACCAUCGGGCCGUACUAG